GACAGAUACACAGAGAGCAAUUGAAAUUGUUCUUGGCAUCUUGGAUCGGUGAAGUGUUUUUUGAUAGUAAAUUAGAAAAGUGUGUGAUAAAAAGACGCAGAAACUUCACACCAUGUUUAAAAAAUUUGAUGAGAAGGAGAGCAUUUCCGGCGUACAGCAGCUGAAGUCUUCGGUGCAGAAGGGGAUCCGUGCUCGGCUGCUGGAACUGUACCCACACCUGGAGAACUACAUCGAUCAAGUGCUGCCCAAGAAGGACACUUUCAGGAUUGUCAAAUGCCAUGACCACAUCGAGAUAAUGGUGAACAGCGCGGGUGAACUGCUCUUCUUUCGCCAACGCGAGGGACCAUGGAUGCCUACUCUGAGGCUACUACACAAAUACCCGUUCUUCCUGCCGAUGCAGCAGGUGGACAAGGGCGCGAUCCGUUUUGUUCUAAGCGGCGCUAACAUCAUGUGUCCCGGCCUCACGUCGCCCGGCGCCCGCAUGUAUGUGGUCGACAAACAACAAGUGGUGGCUGUCAUGGCCGAGGGGAAAGAGCAUGCGUUAGCUGUGGGGCUUACUGCAUUAUCUACUGAAGACAUAGCUAAAGUGAACAAAGGCGUGGGGAUAGAGAACUGUCACUAUCUCAACGACGGCCUGUGGCAGAUGAAACCCGUGAAGUGAAC